AAAUAGCCCAAUGCCUGCCCUUGCAUCUUGAAUCACAAAUCACAAAUCAACAGCAAUCACUCGAGUUUAUUGAAUCGCACCACCACCACAUAACCCUUGAACAACAACAAGAACACACAAGAACCACAUUAUAAGCCACAACCAUGCCAUCUCUGCCCAAGUCCAUCUUUGACGAGUCUUAUCAAACCAAUGCACAAGACAGCACAACUUCAGCAACGGCACAACAAGACCAAUACUCUUCCACUACAAAGACCACCCCAUACGACCCAGAAGUCUCCAGCAUAUUCACCCAGACAACCAUAAACGACUCUUCCUCCACCUACCCCACGACCUCAUCCUCUCGCUUCGGCUUCCUAAAACGCAACAAGUCCAAAAAUGACCCUCAGCAAGAGUCACUGGUCACCAGCACAGAAGAGGGGAAAGAAAAAGAAAAAGAAAAGAAAAAGUCGAGAUUCGAAAAUCCGUUCAAACCUCAUGAACAGACUGACGAGGAUAGAGCUAUUAUGGAGAAAAUGAGGGAGAGGUUGGGGAGUAGGGAGGAGGCUAUCAGGCAGGGUGGGGCGCAGCCGGCUGGGUUUAGGGGUGUUGGGGGUGGGUAUGCUGCUGGUGGGCCUUGGACUGGUGGGAUGUGAUGUGCAAGUGUGAAGGUGGCUGAAUUCAGAUAUCAAGAUAUGGGAGCAUGACUUUGAUUUGUGCGUUUGAA